GCAGCUAUUCUAGUCCAUGGUUCCAGUCACGAAAGCCGCCUGGUUGACGAUUUAUUUGAUAACUACAACAAAGUUGUGCGUCCAGUAAGCAAUCAUACGCAUGCCGUGGAAGUCAUUGUGGGACUGCAACUUAUCCAGCUGAUCAAUGUGGAUGAAGUAAAUCAAAUAGUAAGCACCAAUGUGCGUCUGAAACAGCAAUGGAAAGAUGUAAAUUUGAAAUGGAAUCCAUCAGAGUAUGGUGGUGUGAAGCAAAUCCGCAUUCCCUCGGAGGAUAUCUGGCGUCCAGAUUUAGUUUUGUAUAACAAUGCAGAUGGAAUUUUUGCUAUCGACCAGUUCACCAAAGUUCUUCUGAACUAUACAGGACAUAUCACGUGGAAUCCACCGGCCAUCUUCAAGAGCUACUGUGAAAUUAUAGUCACCCACUUCCCCUUUGACGAGCAAAACUGCAGCAUGAAGCUGGGAACUUGGACUUACGAUGGCAAUGUGGUUGCCAUCUACCCGGAAAGUGCCUUUCCGGACUUGAGUAACUACAUGCAGAGUGGAGAAUGGACAAUAAAAUCUAACGGAGGUUGGAAGCACUGGGUGAACUAUACUUGUUGCCCCGAUACGCUGUAUCUUGAUAUCACAUAUCACUUUAUAUUGUUGCGUUUGCCUCUCUACUUCAUUGUCAACGUCAUCAUUCCUUGCCUUCUCUUCUCAUUCUUGACUGGAUUAGUAUUUUACCUCCCUACAGACUCAGGGGAGAAGAUGACUCUGAGCAUCUCUGUCCUGCUUUCUUUGACUGUGUUUCUUCUCGUCAUUGUGGAGCUGAUUCCUUCAACUUCCAGUGCUGUUCCCUUGAUUGGCAAAUACAUGUUGUUCACCAUGGUGUUUGUCAUAACUUCUAUCAUCAUCACUGUCAUAGUGAUCAAUACCCACCAUCGCUCGCCCAGUACCCACACUAUGCCACAAUGGGUGAGGAAGAUAUUUAUUGAAACAAUUCCAAACGUUAUGUUUUUCUCAACAAUGAAGCGUCCAUCCAAAAAUAAGCAGGAGAACAGGAUUUUCACGGAGGACAUUGAUAUCUCUGAAAUCUCAGGGAAACAGGGACCCACGGCUGUGAACUUCCAGACAUCGCUUACUAAAAAUCCAGAUGUUAAAAGUGCAAUUGAAGGCAUCAAAUAUAUUGCCGAGUCAAUGAAAUCAGAUCAAGAAUCCAAUAAUGCUGCAGAAGAAUGGAAGUUUGUUGCAAUGGUGGUUGACCAUCUUCUCCUCGGCAUCUUCAUGUUAGUUUGCAUCAUUGGAACCCUUGCAGUUUUUGCUGGCCGUCUCAUUGAAUUAAGCCAGCAAGGUUGA